AUGGAUCAGUAUCUUUUCACGAAACAUUAUGGCAUGCUCCGUAGCAUCCAGGAACCGGCCCACUACUUGGAAGUUUUGAAUUAUACCGGGUUGUUCAGGCCACCAGACUUGCCAGCCGGUGUUACAUUCGCAAAUGGCAUCCGCCUUGUGCUUAAUCAACGAGUAACGGAUCCAGCGACAUUCAACCCGAACAUUACAUCGCUUCCAAAGGAGUUUUAUAAAACCAUGAUGGACGGUUUCCGCUUACCUUACCGCUCGAUCGAGACAUCAACCGUGGUCGGGCCUUUCUUCUGGUGGACAUAUAAUGAAGAUAACCUAGAUGACAAGAUAAUGCAAUUCGUAUUUCGAAAAUCUGAUGUCACUUGGAAUGGCAUAUCCAGAGGAUGGGAGGUAAUACUAUCCUACUCUUUCGCAUCAAGGAUGACUUCUGGCUACGUAAAAGGCGCCAAAGCCUCUGAAAAGAAGGGAGACACAAAGGCCGUCGAAAUUGAAGAAGUUAUGAAACAACUGAGAGCUUGUGCAAAUCCGGCGUCACACCCUUUACUCUUGCCAAUUAUUAUAUUGACCAAGGAGCUGGGAGCGGAAAACGACAUAAGGCAAAGGUUGGCCCGGGAGGAAGUGCGAAAACUUGAAAAAGCGCUGGCCGGACGCUACGGUAAUAAGCCUUCAGCAACAGAGUACUCCCAGCCCGAAGACCUAACACUGGACACCAUAAGGGGGACAUUGAUUAACUGCCGGGGCGAGAUACUCUGGAAGCGGCCGCAAGCUUGGCAAAAUCCAAUCCAGCGGGCUCAGAAGGCAAACACCUAUUUCUGGGACAAUCUGCCUCGAGAUGAGAAAACGGCAGGGAUGAGAAUGGUCCACCGAGAACUCACGGACCGUCUAGACUUCAUGGCCGCAAAAUUGGAGAACCUUGAGCACUACGUACAUGUGUCGCUCGAACGAUUAGAUGCGCAACGAGAAGAGCUUCAAAACAUCAUUGCUCAAGUCGAAUCAAGAGUCAAUAUAGACAUAGCAUCCCAGCAGCACGUCCUCGCCAACGCAAGCAAGCGAGAAAAUAACUCGAUGAAAACGUUAGCCAUCCUAGGUUCCAUCUUUCUGCCUGGGACUUUUAUAUCCUCCAUGUUCAGCAUGCCGUUCUUUAAUUUCGAUAGUGAUAUGAACGGCCCUGUGUCCAAUAGUUUGUGGAUAUAUUUUGUCAUACUGGUACCAUUGACGGUUCUGGUUGUUGGUAUUUGGUGGGUGAUGGACCGCCGUCAGGUGACUGAAUUCAAAGAGGACAUUGAGGCUGCCGACAAGCGGUUGGAGGAUAUCGAAGGGCGCGUCAUAAAGCGUCUCCGAGAGAAAACCAAGACUAAGAUACAGACGGGCUUGAGCAUGAUUUAG